AUGGAGCGCGUCGUCCCCAACAGGCUCAACAGGUACCUCGAAGACAACGAGGUUUACAGGUAUAACAUUAUCGGAUUCCGCGCCGGACUUAUCGUUAACAAUCGUUCCAGAGAGGUCAAGGCUCUGCUAGGUCUGGACCUCGAGAAGGCUUUCGACAACGUGCUCCACACCUUCGUCAUCAAGACCAUUUCUGACCUGGGUCUUGGUUCCAGAUUCCACAGCUACGUCAGUUCUUUUCUAACGGACAGGAAUGCCAAGCUUCGCGUUAGAGACUUCCGCUCGGAAGAUGUGUCCCUCGGAGCACGGGGCACAUCUUCCGAGCGGAAGUCUUCAACGGGGGUGUCGUCAUCUCCCCCACACUGUUUAACAUCUGUAUGA